CCUUACGAAAUCAACUAGAUCUUCAAACCAUCCGGAUAAACAAAUCAGACCCUCGCUGUCUGGAUUACAGCCACCGUUUUGUUUGAAAUGCAGCGGAAGCUGGUUACGCUGUCAAACGAUAGGAACCAACCUUGCACUCCAUGUCCAAAAAUGGCUGACAAGACACCGAAAGAGUCUUCAGCGCCUUAUGCGACCAGGAUAGACCCCAUGAAGGCUGAGCUUUCAAACGAGCACAUACACUUCAUCAGACAAGUGGAGCUCCAGCAAUGGAAGAAGAAGGUGGGGACGCUCCGGACGCGGAACGUGCUGACAGGACUGACCAUCGGAGCCCUGGUAGUGGGCAUCUACGGCUACACGUUUUACUCGGUGUCCCAGGAGCGGAUCAUGGAUGAUUUAGAUCAAGAGGCCAAUCUUGCAAGACUGAGGGAACCCAAGACCGGUGCAAACUGACCAUCGCGCCCCCCCCCGGAUCUCAGCUGCAGCUGAACCUGAGGAAGAGCAAUGUAUGGACAUAACUGCACUGUAUCCCCCGACGGGCAUUUCUGAGGCGCUUAUGGACUUUUCUAUCCUUAUUGUAUAGGGUGUUGCGGUGUUAUGUUGCCAAACUGAAUCCACCGGUGGUAUGUUGAUUGAUUAAUGUGUUCGAUUAAAUGUCUAAUCAUGAAAUGACUGAGCCUAAUGAUGAACCUCGUCAUCACCGUCUGAAAGUAACUGCUGCUGUAUGCAACUCAAAAUACACUAAAGCAAAGACCUGAGAUUAAAAAACAUAAGUCAUGCAUUGAUCUUCUGCGAUAUUAAUGAAGCAGAUGAAAUAAAAUACCUGGGGCCUCAAAGCGGCCCCAGGGAUGCGUCAA